UCCCCUGAGGAACAAUGGGCUCAGUCGAUCCCUCGUAUGUCCCACCUAAUCAUCCCCCUGUCCUCAAUAACAUCAUCGACACCGUGUGAUAUCGGUGAUCCAUCAGAUGUCUUUUUUCGUUGACAUUGUGACUGAGGACUCAUUCUACGAGAAUCUGACACUCGGUGUGGUUAAACUCCUCGAGGCCAGCCCCUGCGUGAGACAUGUCAAAGUGGAAAGGAGAAGUGCAUGUGAUAGAAGUGCAUUAUCGAGUUGGGAGCAGCGACACUGCUGUCUACUUCCUGAAGAUUUGAAGAGUUUCUACACCUCGAUCGAUGGAUUUUCCUUGACUUGGAGCUUAGAUAUUGCCGGGGAGGAAUUUCCAGUCGGUCGCAUGGUGAUCAAUGAAUUCGCGGCCCUGAAACGCUUCGUAGGAACUAAAGAGCAACAAGCAGAUGCUGAAAAUAAAAAUCACGAUGAGUCAUCAGAUAUUCCUUCCCAAGGCCCACGCUGCAAACUCUUUGAGAUCGAUCAGUGCGGCAGCAGCAAGAUAUUCCUGGUCUAUCACGUCAGACCGGAGGUGGACAAUGAGCCCGGGAUAUGGCUGCAUUACGAGGAGAACGGAGGCACUUGGUAUCAGCUGUCAAAGAGCUUCACCAAGUACUUUCGAAUGAUGCUGGUACAUCAGGGACUGCCUAUGUGGCAAUAUUGCGCGUUAGGACUCCCGCUGACAACUUGGGUAGAGCAGACCUACUAUCUAGUUGGUCCUCAUCUAUUACCGACAGCUGUCAAACCUAAGGAGAGUUUGUCCCUGAAUCUGUGGAAGGAUGGUCCCUCCAAUACUAUCGAUCCAGCUAUAUUCAAGAGUCGGGACAAUAAGCAGAAGAACUCGAGGAAGAAGUGAGAGAAAAAUUCUGGUAGCGACUGAUGAUGCUUUUUGGUCUAAUAUUUCGUUUUCCAUUUAUUGCUGAGACCCUUGGCCUAAUUGGCACGAAUAUCUGUGAAGAUAAGUCGAGAAAAUUGGCAAGUAAUAUCGGACUCGGUGGAAUAUCUUGGCCGGUUGUAAUUUUCCAUCAAUUUUUGGAAUGAAAUAAACUCAGCAUUGGGGAUCAAGGCUUUGAAGGACUUCUGCUAUAUUUUUCCUCAACUGCAUCAGUGGAGCUUUCUGACGUUUAAUUAUUCGUUUCGCAUUGGGGAAAAGUUUUAAUGAGAUUUUUUUGAAAAUUCCUCCGACAAAAGUUCUGACAAUGACUUUGUCGUUUCACUGUCAAGGAAUAUUGUUCAUGUAACAAUGUUAGCAUCUCGGCUUUCUUGUCACGUAGUUGAUCUGUCAUAUUAGCAUUGAGGAAGGCACUUGCUAAAUAAUUCAGCGAAUGCCGUGUGGACUAAUUCCUUCGGAGAAGGCUCAGUAGGCAUUGGAUAUUUUUCAAAAUUUAUGAACUCACCGCAGUUGUCUUUCGCUUCUCCCGUUUCUUGAGUAGUAAAUUUCUCACGAGCAUCGCCCGGAGUUGAGAAAAGUACACACUGCAAGAGCCCAUCCUGCCCUCUGAUUUUUUUCUAUUUCUCAGCUUCUGAAAUUAGAAAUGUUUGAAUAAAUAAAUACAAUGUAAUGAAAAAUGUCACGUGUUUAGCGAUGGGAAAUUCCCGUUGAUUUUUUUUCAAUAAAAUUAUCCAACUGUUCUCUCUGUGCACUGCAUUGCCCUCUCCGUUUUCCGAACCCGUCGUACGAUGCGUCGGAAUGUUUAACUAGCUCUACAAAUAAUGUAGAGUCAAAGUUAGUGGAUUCUCCGGUCUCAUAUACAGGGUAAAUCGAGCGGACGCAGAAGUCACCACGUGUUUUAAAAAAAAUAUUUUCACUUCAGACAGUCUCAAGUGGAUACUCGGCAUUCAAAACAUAUUGAGUGACUGAGUAUUUGACUUGAAAAUUGUCUAUUUUAUUACGAGUGCGGAAAUAAUUCUUUGGAGUGACUAAGGAUAUCAAUUUCACGGGUAAAAAAUAUUUUUCACAGCUCGAGAAAAAAAAACGUUUUGAAAAUAAUAAAAUUAAUUUUUAUUCGUGAAAGAAGACGGAUAUCCUGAACGAGACGAACAUUGUUUUUCAACUAGUAAUAGAGGUCAAGUUGGAAACUAAUUUAAUUUGCAUUAGAGGAUUGACCUAGAGAAAAAAUUUAGAACUCGUAUCAGAGUGAA